UUAACAACAAGCAGACGACGAACACCCUAGCAACCGUACGUAAACAUUUCACGUUAAUUUGUGGUUAUGUAACUCUGCCAUCAGAAAAGAAAAAUAAACUCCGAAACCUUAAUGGAAAACUAAUAGCAGAAACUGUGUUUGGUGAUGAGAAAUGUAGGAGUUAUAUUAUGACCUCGAAGAAUCUUGGAAGCGGAACUGUUUGCACAGCAUACUUGGGCUAUUGAAGAUUCGGAGUCAUCAUUAAAAAAUGUAAAAGGAUUUGAAAUAAUUUGUUAGAAAAAGAGAUAAACGAUGAAGCGUCUAUGUUGUUGAAAAGAGAAGAAAGCUCACCAUGCAAUCAAGUUCUUGUAAUGGAUUUAGGGGAUUAUGUGGUGAAAGCAGAAAAACAGUUAAAACGUUGCUACUCAAACACAUACGUUGUUGCAAAAGUCAAAAGAGUUAUCCUGCAAGAAGAGAGAAUACUCCCAACAGGAAAUGAACUUAUCACUGUCAGAGAAAUAAACUCCUUUAAGAAGGAGUUGUAGUUAAAUAGGGAAAAACUAUCAGAUCAGAUUAGAGGCAGCCAACUGAAUGUAUAUGGAAGAAACAGGCUUAACAAUAGUAAAAUUAUUCCUGUAACUGAUACAGAAAAUAUACUCAGUUCAUCUAGUGAUAUGUCAAAGAGUGAAUUAUUCCAAAAUAUGAACACUGAGUCUAAAGAAUAUGAAACUAGUCAUAAUCCAACUGUAAACUUUCUGAUCAUUAAUAAUUUACCCAACAGUAGAGAAACAGAAGUACUUACAAAUACAGAUAUGAUAACAGAUGAUGGGAGGAUGACAGGAAUUAUUCCUAAAAUUACAGAAAAUUCCAUGAUGUCACAGAGUAAUGAUAGAGUUGCAUAUAACAGAAAAGACUUAAUAUGUUUAGCGUGGAAGAAAUGGAAAAGAUUCACUCUUUAUAAGAAACUGAGAAUGGAAGAAGACUGUACAUCUGAGACAAAGAUUUAUGUCGCUAAGAAUAUACAAACACAUAUAAAUAGGAAGGUUAUGAGGAAGUGUUGGGACAUUUGGCUUCAAGUGGUGAGAGGAAAGAAAAAGGCUCUUUCUGCAGAUCAUGGUAUACUACAAAUGGAAAGAAUUGAUAAAUUCUUAAAAGAAUUGCAGGAGCGAAAGCAGUCACUAAUUGCUGUAACAGCAGCAACAAUGUCGAGAGAUGUAAGUAAUGUUAAGAAAGGAACUGAAAAUAAUUCAAAAUAUUCCUAUCGUAAUUUCCAACCUAAAAACAAAAGAUGUAAUAAACAAAACAAACAAAACCAGACCAGAUUCCAGACCAAAAUUUUUCCAAGUAAUCCAAAUAAUGAGUACCAGUACAAGUUUGAAGUUCAACAGAAUAUAAUUGCAGAACAGAAAUCUAAAUUGCAAGAACAGAGUAAACUGAUUAAGGAGCUUCAGUUAGCACACUUGACACUGCAAACAGAAAAGUCGACAAAAGAGGCUGAAGAAGAAAUAAAUAAAAUGAUAUCAAGUUGUGAGGUGAUACUGAAACCAAAAGCAAAGCAAGUAAAGAACAGGCUGUCCACUGUACAUAGAAGAUUGGAAUUUUCAGAAAAGAAACCAAUAGUAAUAAGUCUGAAGACAGUCCCAACAAUAGUCAACAGGAUGGACAAAAAGGCUCAAGAAAGAGAAACAAGAUGGAGGUUGAUUAAGGAAAGGAAACAAAAGCUGACUGAGGAAAGGGAUAAGAGAAAAAGAGAGGAGGAGGAAGAAAGGAAGCAAAAAGAAGAAUGUGAGAAACGACAGAAAAUUUUGGAACGGAAAGAGAAAAGAAGGCUUGAAAAACAGAUGGAAAUUCAAAAGAAAAAGGAGAGGGAAAUAAUGCACAAUUUGAUACUAAAGGCUUCACUGCAGUACAAAGAAGUUCUUAUGAAGAAAGUAAUUUCUUCACUAAAGCAACUAGUGGCACAUAAAUGGAUGUUGACUGAUAUAGCAGAGAAACAUUAUAAAACUCAACUACUGCGUAAUUCUUUUCAGAUUUGGAGAACACAUGUACAGUCAAUCAUUAGCUUAAGAAUGUACAAAGUUACUGCUUUGUACAACAGAAUCUUAAUGAAAAAGGUUUUCAGAGGUUUGUUUCAGGUUUAUGCAGAAUACAUAACUAAGAACCAGGUUGCUUCUGAUUUCUAUGACAUUAAUCUGCAAGAACAUAUUUUUAUUGGUUGGCACCAUGCUGCUUGCACCGAACAUGUGAUGUCAAUAAAAAAACAAGAACAAGCAAAAGGACACUAUAACAGGAAAUUAUUAACACAGUACUUGAAGAGAUGGCAGCAGUUGCCUUCAGUACUGCAGCUGGAGCGUGAUAAGGAGCAAAGGAAGCAAAUUUGGAGGAAAAAAGUUCAAGAAAUGUUGCCUGAUUUCAAACCUGUACUUACAAGGUUAGAAGACAGUUAUAUGAUGAGUUAAUUGCACUUACCACACUUUGUAUUUGAAUAAAACUGUAUUCUUUAGUGUUCACUACAGUGGAACCGUAUUUAACAUUCCUCACUUUAACACAUUUUUGUAAAUAAUGUUAAAUUUCUGUGAUCCUAAUUCAAUAAUGUGUUAAAUUUCUUACAUUUAUGAUUUUCCUCAGUUUAAUGUCUGAAUGCAUUCCCCUAUGAGAAACCUUAAAAGAAGGUUUCAUUAUAUAUUGUCCAAAGGAAGUAUAGCCACCAAAUUUAUGCCAGACCCAGGGUGGCACACACUCUAAGAAUUUAAUUUCUUAUAUUAAUUAUUUUAUAAAAAUUUGUGAUUACAUUUAAUGUAUAGAAUGAAUUCAAAUGAGGCUUCCAGUUUUUCGUUGUUCUCACUGUGAUGUGAUGGUCUGUAGUCUGGUAAGUUCACUGACUGCUUAGAGGAUAUAUGGAAUUAAUUCAUCAUGGUUGUAUAUUUUGAUGUGAUAUUAUGUUAUAUUAUCUAAAGCACAACAGACCACUGUAGGUCGUGGUGCAAGGGCUGAGAAGGCCUACCCCUCAUACAUUCAUGAUAUAUUAUCUUCAUCAGUUUUACUACCUGUAAUGUAUAUUAUUGCUUUCAGACAUAUGGCAGUUUUCUUGUGCGUAACUUCUCAACAGUAAUCUGCCAGCAAAGUAUGAUAUACAGAGCAGAACUCAUUUAUUUUACUAUCAUAGAAUGAUGUAAGAAAUGUACUAUACCUCAAGUGGUUUGACACUGGCUUCUCACCAGAGAACCUUAGAUACAAUCCCAGUUUGCUUCAUAUGAGAUACGUUGUGAAGCAGCAUUUUACCAGGUCUUUUUUUGUUAGUUUAUUCAGGGUUCUCCUGCUAAUCAUCAUUCCACCAUUACUCCUUACCCAUCAUCCCCUGAAGUGUGCAACAGCCCUGACCAGAAAGUGCAUUACCACAUCCUGGGUCUGUAAUUCUGGGGCUUCAUCUUUGACCAGGCCCUUUACAGUUCACAGAAUAAGGAAGUAUAAGUUAAAGGUGAUGUGAAAGCACUUUGUGUCAAGGGAGGCAAAGAUUACAGAGCAUAUGGACAGAAAACUUAACAUUUGCUACUGGUUAAUUUUUAAGUAUGUUCAUUAUGUAACACAAAGUCUCAUGUUCAUAACAUAAUGCUCUCUGCAAUUUCAUUCACUGUCACCAGCCAUAUCUUCACAACAGAUGCACGAACACUUUUACAGGAUCGGGAAUAUAUGUGUUAUAAUAAGCAACAUUCUAAUUUUAUAUAUUUAUUUAUAUUUUUAGCAUAUGUAAUACAUAUGCACUUUCCUUACAAAAAGUCUGAUACAAUUGAUACAAUUUAUUGCUAUAAUUUCUACUGGUUUAAAAUACAGUCAUUACCUAUUACAGGAAAAGUACAGCAUUUUAAGCAGUUUCACUGUACAACAUUUAUUGCAAGUGACUAGAAUGUUGUAACAUAAUGUAAGCACAACAUCCAACACUGAGGAUUGUCCCAGGAAAUAAGCAUCAGUCUCAAUCACACUUUUAACAAGUUAUGAAAUGUAUGUACAUACAGCAUAAUAAUAAUGGCAUGCCCUCUCUGUUACUGACUCCAUAUCUUGAAAUUCCUUUUUAUUCAAGUGUCCUGAGGAACCAUAAUCUUUGUUGCAAAGGUGUAUUAAGCAUAACAUGUGUUUCAUUUUCUUUUAUAAACGACUUUUGCUGAAAAAUUUUUUGCUGCAAUAAAUAUUUAGAAGUUAAAUUUGAGAGUCAUGCAGAUAUGCAUGUAGGUGUGGGAACAUCGCUCGGUCUACGGAGGCAUCGGCGCUUCGCUGCACCAGGCAUGACUGCCACGGCUGUCUGCCGGUCGCACCUGACUCACUGGACAACUAGGCCGCACGGACUCGCCGGUAGUCAUACCUGACACACUGGGCAACUGGCGUAGCUACCGCCUCUCCGCUCCAGCGACCGCGCUCAACGACUAGCCUUUCACCAGCCAU